ACUUUUUAUGCUAUCCAUUUUAGAUACAUUUUAAAGAUUCCACCCCCUGGUUUGUUUUCCUAUGGGCAAGUGUUUUGACAGAUUACGAAUGUUUGGAUUUGUUUGUGUCCACGUUUUUUAAGAAUUUUGUUCAUAAUUUCGGCAUGGCAUCUAGUUCAGUGAGCCAGGAAGACCUUGAGAAUGACUUUGAGCUCAAUUCACGGCGGUCACGUAUUCGCACGGCAAGGGCAAGAACUGUUAAUCCGCAGACAAGAAUUGAUCCGGGCGGAGGGGAUGACGGCGGGGGCGAAAUGAAGACGUCGGAGAGCCUGAACCUGAGCGGGAGCUUCCCCGUCACGGAGCACGACGCCAGCCCCAAGCCGCUGACCCGGGCCAAGGAGAAGAGGACGACGAGGUGCGUGACCGUGAGGCAGCCACUCACCGAGCACGUGAACAGGUCAAACCACCUGAACAAGGGGAAGCAGCAGCAACGCGAUCGUAGGAAACUGCGGGAAAAACGCAGAAGUACUGGAGUGGUUCACCUGCCUUCCACUGAGUCAACAGGUGGCAGCACUGGUGAGGACGAGGAUGAGAACCAGUCGAUGACAGCCGAAACACGGCGCAAUACACAGCACAAUGAACUUUUGGACCGCUCUGAUGUGACUGAGGAAAGGAUGCCACAAAAAGCGUUUACACAGAGACGAAAUAAAAGCCCUUCAGAUUUGGAAGCUGAUGAUGAAGAUAACCAGGAGUUUGACAGCCUGAAUCAGUCGGACUCUACAGUGAGUAGUCUUGUCCAUCAAGUAGAGGCUCCGUUCAGGCCACGACCUGGCACACCCACUGGUGAUAACCCUGAAGAGUUGUUGGAGCGUGCCCAGGAGGAGAACCGGCGGUUGCUGUCGCUGCUGGACGACAGGGACCACAAGAUAGCGGCCCUGGAGUCGCGGGUGUCGCAGCUGCAGAGGGAGCUGGUCCAGGAGAAGGAGCGGCUCAGGGAGGAAAACGCAGCUCUGAUACGCGCCAUGACAGCUCUUGCGGCUGCCAAGUAACUGCGUAAACUUCUUGUUCGCCAUGUUGCUGCUGUUGCUGUUGUAGAUGUUAUUAUAUAGCGCACUAGGUGGUGUAGCCAGAGUCUACGUAACCCCCAGAUGUAGACACAGCAUCGCUGAAGUGACCGUUACAGCAAACCCUGGUAUUGAGAAUGGCGAAACUAGAGCAGAUGCAGGAGUUGUAAAAUGAAGGAAAUUUUAUGUCACAGAAGCUUUACUUGGUUUUUUCAUAAAUGGGGUGUAAAGUGCUGGAUAUUGUAUAGUAGGGGUUGCAGUAACUAGCCCACUUUAAGAAUUUUUAUGCCCAGAAUGAAAAUCAUAACCAUCUCAAACUUUUUACUCAGUUUUAUCAAAAUAUUGAUGGCAGUGUUUUGUGUUUGAAUUAGUUUUGUGAAUCACUAAGUUAAGUUAAUGUAAAAAAUGUGGAUAAAAAAUAAGCUGUAGAUACCUAAUCUCAUUCAUUUUCUAUUUGUGUGUAGAUUAUAUUUUUAUUCAGAGUGUUGUUGGUGAGUUGGGAAUUGCUAACUUUGGUUAGUAGUAAGUACAGUAAAUAGUAUUAGCUUAUAAUCAUUUUGUGAUCCACGGUUAUGAUUUAUCUGUUAAAUGCUGCAUUAAUAAAUUCGUAGUAAUUUCCAUCAUAUUUGGGUAACAAACUUUGUUUUUUAAGAUGAGAAAUGUCUAUUUACCAAACAAUGAUUCACUGUUUACAAUUGCAAUAUUCAGUAAGUUGGCCGGUAAAAGCCCCUCCUAACUGAAAUAACCUUAAAUGAUAACUGUGUCAGCACCAAUAUGUAUAUAUAAGCUUUUCAGUAAUAACAUUUGUUCUUGUUUCAAGGUAACAUAUGUAUUUUGCUGCCCCAAUAUAUUUCUGGCUAUGCCACUAAUGGUUCUGGACAUAAAUGACCACUUAAUGAUAUUUAAAAUGUGAGUAGUGCAUCUUGAAUUUGAAUAUUGUGCUAAUCAAGUUUACAUAUUUUUUUUACAGAGUUUUAUUUAGAGGUGGGACAAUACCAGACUUUUGUGUUACCAUUUUAAACAAAAUUUAUGUAUAAUUUUUUACUAUAAAAAUAUUUUUAAAUAAUUCAAGAAAUGCCAAUAAGUUCUAUAAUUAUGUAUAAUUGAUACUAUAGUACAGACAUUUAAGAGACAGGACAAAAAAAAACUGACCAAACACAAUGAAAAUAACCAAAAUCACUCAAAUUUUUGGUCAUGUGGUGAUCUUCAUCAGAAGUAGAGAAGAGCUUCUGUACUAACUCGCAGAACUUAAAACGUAGUGUGAAAUGGUCAAAUUAUUUUCGUUAUUUUUAACUAAGGACACCAAAAUAGUGGAAAAUUUGUGAUUUUUAUUGUGUUUGGUCUGAAUUUUUUUUAUUGUUUGGUCUCUUUUAAUAUCUGUGCCCUUAUUAUUAUACCUAAUUAUAUAACUUAUUGAAAAUUACAUACUUGGUUUUAUUAUUUUUAUCUGUGCACAUAAUUAAAACAAUGGUAGGUAUAUCUUAAAAUAAAAAUAUAUUAAUGUUGGAACUUUAAGAACUAUGCAUAUUCAUUGUUCAUGAUGUACAUAUAACAUCAAAAGCUUAAAAUAAUAGCUAUGUCAUCAUAGCAUUAGGUAAAUUUUAGUCGGUGACUAUAAAAUAUGAAAUAUAGGUAUGUACCUAAUAAGAGUAAAGCUCUUCAAAUUUCUUUUAAUGACACAGUUUAGUAUGGAGGGGUAUCAAAGAACCCCACCUGUAACAUUAUUUUCAAUUUUGAUGAAUGACAAUUUUACUUGUAGGUGAACGUAUAAGCAUAUUUGUUUUAAUGCUGUUAAAUUGUGUGUAGUGAGUAGGCCUGUGGGAAUAUUUGAAUUUUUAAUUACAAAUAGUUUGUUAUUUUUAUUUGAUUUGGCUCUUCAAAAUAAUGAAUAUUCACUUGCCUACGAAUAUGAAACAGCAUACCUCAUAACUUUGUCUUUGUCGUAUACCAACAUUCACUGUUCAGGUUAAGUAAUUUGUGCUAUAUAAAUACCCUUUUUUGAUAUUUUAAUCGGUCUUCACAAUCAAAAACAUGAACAAGAAGCAAUGUUUUAAACAUGCAACAAGCAUUCAAAGUUUUAGUUUUGCUGCUGUCUCGCUAAUCAGUAACAGUAAAAUUGUGUGAACAAUUCAAAACGCGGCAUAUUUGUGACAUUUCUAACUUGAAAACAAGAUGAUAUUAGUAUUUGUUUCAUCACACGUACCAGUAGUGGGGAAAAAUAAACGUCAAUAACCAUGGACUACGUGGACACUAUUGUGAUGGCCAUUAAAAUAAGUGAACACAAUAGUUUCAAUAGUCACAAUCAGUCUAAUACCAUGCAACACAGUUGCUGCAUGUAACUAUGAUGAAACAGACGAGACUCAAAAACAAAACAAAAAUAGGAAAAUAUUGGAUAUCGGCUGAAAUUAGCAGAAAUUGUGUUUAUAAAAUUGCUGGACGUAAAUACUGUUUACCUGGCUGCCAUUAACAAUGAAAAUGUGUAAAUAACUAGGGUUUAAAUAUGUAAAUAUGAGUUAAUUUAAUCAAUAAUUUGAGAACAUAGCAUUAAAAAAAAUAACGUUUUUCAUGAAAUGGAUUGAAUUUUGAGGUACAUUACAGUUCACAAAAAAAUUUUAGGAAUAUUAUAUAGAGUAGCAGGUUCUGGAAAUUGAGACAAUUAGGAAAUAAAUUUUGGUUGGUUGGUUAGGUUAAGUAAGGUUAGCUGCAUAAUUAAAAAAUAAAAAUACAUAAUUUUUCUUUCAAAUUUCUAACAAAAUUGACGUAUAAUUAUUGGAGCUGACGUAACCCAACCAACCUUUCACUUUAGUAUUAUUUGUCUAAUUCCUCAGAAGACAAUGCAUUACACAUUCUAACUCAUUCAUAGUAAGAAUACUAAUUCAAUAUUUGUAUUCAAGAAUAAUUUGGUAUUUGUACUUGUAUUGGAUUCAAACUAAAAAAAAAAAAAACUUAUAUUCGCACAGGCCUAAUAAUAAGGAAUUUAUGUAUUUAAAACUUAAUUAAUCUCUACCAUUUGCAAUUUAAAAAAGAUUCAUGAUGGUAAAAAAUAUUAUUUUUGGGAUACUGGGCUAAGUUUCCUGUUAUUUAUUUGCUACUUUUAGCAAGGGCAAUGUGUAUUUAGCUGUAAAUAUAUAAACUUUAUCUACAGGAAAUUGCUUUAGGAGCUUCAUAACAGAUCUGAAGUAAUUAUUUGUCUUACUUAUGCAGCUACAGUAUUGUGUUUAGAUUUUAAAAAAAUUAAUAAAAAAAGGUUUGUGUGGCUUUAUCAAGCGUACUUAAUUUGAAAUAAUUACGAGCAUACUUUAAUUCUUGAGUAAAUGGAUACUAUGAUCUGCUCAUCGUACAUCUUAUUAUAAUUAUUGUGACUGUACAGUAGGUUUUCUUAAUGAACGUGCUCAGCAGUCUUUGUGAUGCAGUGCUGCAGCCCGGCAGCUAGUGGGCAGAAGUCAACUCAAGCCCAUGCCGAUUGCCAGUCUUUAAGACCAACUAGAUAUGUAAACUUUUGAUAUUAUGCCCACUUGGUUGUUUCUAAAAUCCUGAAUUAUUGUAUUGUUUGGACCGUACUGUUUUUCUUUGUUACAAUUUUAUAAAAGUACCUGAUAAAAUGAUUUUUUACAGUAUAGUAGAUCAAGAAAAAAAAAUAAUUUUUAAUGAGUAUGUAUCAGUAAUUCAUGAAGCCCACUCGGUCAUUGGGUUUUUUAUAGUGCAAGUUUGUAGAGUCUAAAUAAAAUUUCAUUCAAUUAUUUUGACAUGGCUUUUGUGCAGGAAGUGAACCAAGUCUUUUGUCAAUAAAAUAACAAUAUGUUUUGCUUUCAGAAACUUUGUUUGCUAGACAAAUAUUUAAAGGGUUGAAAGUUUAAACACCAUUGUUAAUAGUUUGUUUAUUUUGUGUACAUUAUUUUAUUUUUUGCUGUUGAGUCCUGGAUUGAGAUUUGAGGCACAAUGUAUUUAUAAAAAUUGUUAUCUGACCUCUAGUUAUCUUGCUUACGAUGUUGUUCAAAUGUGUUUAGGAACGUGCAGAAGACAGGCUAAUACUGUUGUGUUAAUUGAAAGUAUUCUGCCCGACGUUGUGUGACACAGACAUGGAGAGCCAGUUGCCAACAGGUUUGUCUCCUGGUUUAAAUCACAUAGAACAUAUUGUGUUACCCAGCAGGAAGGGACUCAAGUCAGUAAACCUUCCGAUCUCAGCUUGAGAAGGAUAAAAUUAUGUAUGUUCUCUGGGGCGAAAGUGGGGAAAACAGUGGUUUAUAAACUCACUCCCUCGAUUACUCCUUUAUGAGCUUCUGUAUCCACCGUUGGUUACCAUUUGCAGGGUAAAAUGUGUGCUAAAACAAUUUUUUUUUUUCCUUUGCUGUUUGCAAAUUUUUGCAGAAUAAGUUACCUUAGGAAAUGUUACCAGCAAGGUACAUUUUAAUAUAGCACCGUUGUUGACUGCCAGAGGCCUUGAUAACUCAUGCCAGCCCAGUAGUCACAUCCACAAGCAAGUGGCGGGAGUGCUGGCGAGGUGUAGACACAAGAAACUAAAUGUGCCAAAACAUCACACAAGUGACCUUAAGGUUCAAGUUAUGGGUUUAGUAAAGACUGGUGAUGAGUCAAAUCCCAGUUGUUUUUUUCAAUCCAAAUCUAUGUGCCAAGGGUCAAAAAUAAAAUAUUGUACAGUAAAUUCAAAAUAUAACUAUGGUGUUGAGACAUUCUACCCCACAAAUUAAUACACUAACAAUAUUAAUAAAUUUUGUGUUUUUAUAUAUUAUACAUAAUGACAUGUUAAAAGUACAAUAUAUUGGAGAAUGGUAACAGGAUAUGUAUGAAGAAAAAAAUUAAUCUAGUAAAAUUCAGAUGUAACCAGUGUAAAAAAUUUUAUGUGCUAUAUUUCCUCUUAAUAUUAAUUUUGAAUAUUUUUCCUUGAAUAUAGAAUCUUUCGAAUAUGUACUAGGGAUUUGAUGGGAUUUGAGGUCUUGAUUGGCCAAACCCUAGAAAAGACACUUUAUUUCUUUAUAAAAGUAAGUCGUUUUACAACUUUAAAUAAAAUAUUUUGUUAGGUGAUGCUGUUCGGUUAAACCAAACAUUAUAACAAAAUACUGACUAUUCAUGGUUAUUCAUACUUGGCAUGUAUUAUGUUAUGAAUGAGCAACAUUGUAGAAAAGGUUACUGCAUGAAAAAACAAAUACAGUAAAACCUUUUUGUUGCAACCCCAUUUAUUGCGACCACCUCUCUAUUACAACCCGAUUUCGAGGAACCGUGAAAAAAUUGCCGAAAAUCCGAAGAAAAUCGGACAGAAAAGGUCAGCGGUCGUAUAAGUUUCUUGUGGUGAGUAGCGUGUUACUGCGUUUCUCUUGCCGAGUGCCUGUCGACCGCUGUCAGCGCUUAACAACCCCCAUUCCACGUCCCUUUGCCGGCAGGGUGCAGAUAAAAGUUUUUGUGGCCACGUGUUUACGUUUAGCUUUUUACGAGUGUCUAGUGUGGUACGCAGUUAAGGCAAAGCUACCUGCUGGAUUUCUCUUGUUUUUGAUUACUAUUGGUUGACAAUAAACAGCGACCGACUGGAUGCACGCCCACCUCGACUUGUUUUAACUGCCGCAGCAAUGUUUAUUUUGACAGCUCAAGCAAUUAUCUUCUCCCGUGGGUUGAUAGAAAAAGGUCGCUUCACCCAGCAUAAAAAAAAAGGCUACGCCACUUAUUCCCCGCGCAGGAAACACACUGGCUGCCGUCUGUCUACCCUGCAUUUAUCUUUCUUCUAACAUUCCACGUCUCGCCUCUCGCGCGAGCAAUAACUAGGGCCAUGAUUAUAUGGUGAAUCGCGAAAUCGCGAAAUUUUCCGCGAAUUUAUAUGGAAAAUGUGAAAAAAGUGAUUUUUAAGAAAAACCGCUAAAUAACACCGAAAUUACACAAUACAAGUCUCUUAUAUUUUAAUGUGAAAAGCUUGAUAGUCAAGACUUGCCCGGGUCCUGGUUGAUAAGCUGGAAAAAUUUCCUGCCUUGCAUGUCUACAUGCUUCCUCUAAUCAGCUUUAGGGCGCCGUCUGGUCAGCGUGUGUGUUAGUGAAGCGGGAUGAUAAAAGCGACGCUCAAUGGUAGUUCUAGCGCGGUAAAACCUCUAAGUGCAAGGCUCUGAACUGGCGCGCAGUCAUCUCGUUCCCGUCAGAUAACUGUGAAAUUUGAGCGGUAACCAUAUCAUUAUAUGGCGGAAAAAUAAAGAUAAAGGUGUAAUGCAUUUUCCUAUGAUACUUUCAAGAAAACAUGCCUUUUAGCCAUUUUAUCUCAAUAGAACCAGUUGGGCAUUAACAAAUUCUUAAAUGCUUUUCGUAAACAGACUCCAGUCGGAUAUCUAGUGUAGUUUGGAAAUCGCGUAGGUUUUUCGUGGCUGUGCGCGGCACACGACUGUAGUUGUCAUGCGUCACGCGCCGAGAAUGUUGUCCGGCAGGAAGGGCGAGUAUAGUUCAUUUGCGGCAAAAAUGAAUACUUUUACGGCCCUGCUAAAUUUUUCCAUUAAAGAAAUUUUGAAGUUUCAGUGAUUUUCCAGCAGAAAUAAUGUUGUUUCAAAUUGUAUCAAAACAAUUAACGGUAAAUGGCUGUCGCGGGGGCCCUUAAAAAUUUUUCAUUUUACCAGAAAUGGACUAUAGAAACCUGGCUUUCAUCGCACACAGUAUGGAGAAGGAAAGGAAGGAUGAUGACAGUUUCACAUGCCAAAGGACAUUGAAGGCCUGGGAGGGAUGAACCUUGAAGUCUGAACAAGGGAAGGAGAGUUAAGCCGUAUGACGUCAUGCAUCCGCCCCCUGUGCUGCCGCCAGCCUGUCUAGACGAGAUUCCCGCGCUCCCACUUACGUUGCACAAGCUACUGCUGCCGUAUUUUUAAAGGAAAUGUCCCAUUAUUUUUUUGUUAUUCUUACAUGAACAUAAUUGGAAGUAUUAAAACCGACACAAAAAUAUGCUGUGUGUUAAAAUUAACAGAUUUUAAUGAUCUUUCAUUUGGGUUUUUUUUUUUAUUUUUUUUUCUUCUGAUUUUCACAUUUUGGUCAAAAUGUCCAAUUUUUUGACAGUUCACGAGAAUGUAUUCGUAAAAUCACUGCUUCGUUAAAUCUGGGGUUCAUGAAAUCAGGGUUCUAGUGUAUUUAACUACGGCAAGCAGAAAACGUACAUGUAAACUAAACAGUAAAAAUAAACUGUCUUUCGACAUAUUUUCUUUAGAGUGGCCUGUAGGGCGACGGACUUGUUAUGAAGGUUGAAGUGGGUUUAAAGCAAAGUCAUCUAGCAUUGUGAGUGACAGCAUCCUGCCAUUGUACCGCUGGUUUCUUAGCGAGUAGCGGUGUGGGUAAGGGGGGGGGGGGGGGGGGGGGGUGAAAUCAACUGAAAAUUUCGGAAAACAUCUAUUACGACCCCUCCUCUACUACGACCCUAUUCCUGGGAACCGUGAGGGGUCGUUUCAGAGAGGUUUGACUGUAUGAAUAGUUUUUAUGUUACAGAUGUACAUACAUUUGUCAGUGUUUUGCAAUUACUGGUCAUAACUCUGAAAAACAGUGGCACUGGCUGCUUGGUAAAGCUUGCCUUGUUUAUACCUGGUUUCUGUAACCUUUUACUGUUCACGAGUAAUGUUACCUGAAUUAACGGUACUUACUUAAGUACUAUCCACAUUUUUUUUUUAGAAAUGAUGGAAAGUUGGGUGCACAUUUUGCAAGAGUUUGUUGUAUAUUUAUGUUCAGAAAAUAGUCGAAAGUGGUAGCUCAUAAUUAAUUUUACUUUUAACUUGAAUGUUUUACUGCCACUGUGUUUGCAGAGGACUGCAGCAUGAAAAUAUAAAUUACCUAGCUAUUGUGAUGCACCGCAGUUAACGUGUGUUUUCUGAACUCUCUCACAGCCAGAAUACAGUUGUUCCGUGGAGGAAUUUCAUAACAUGAAUUGUGGGCGAGUCGUUCUUAGUUACAUAGUUAUAGUUGUGCUAAUGUGAAUUAUCAAAUUAUCUUGUAAAUUCAUUCCGUUACAUUUAGACUUGCUUUCAUGCACACAUUUGAGAACUUGGAAAAAAAAAAUAAUUGUUUAAACUUUUAUAUACUAACGUAUCUAAUAUCAGCAAAUUAUUUGAAAUUUUUUUUUUUGGUAUGUUAUGAUAAGGCUGUGAAUCUCAAUGUUGUUACAUAAUAGUGGUAUAUAAUAUGAAGUGUAGGUUAAAUGCUCUGUACUGAUAAUAUUAUGACUCAUUAGCACAUAAUAUGUUUGUUUGCUUUAAACAUACCUUCUCAAACAUUUACAGUUUAUUUUGAUCUUGAUAAGAUAACUUACCAAGUGGCAUUUGAAAAUUAUACUAUUUAAUGUUCAAGGAUUUAUAUUAAUCUCUCAGUACACUAUGACUGUUACAUGAUAUACUAUUGUACAUAAUAUUUGAGCAUGUGAAUUCCAAUUUUGGAUUAAAUGGUUAUAACGUUAUAAGUGCCAACUUUUACGUAAAUAAUGGUUGCAACGGUUUGUUUGCUUCUUUUCACAAUAAAUAUCUUACCUCAAUCAUGGUUAUUUCCUUGGACUAUGUUACCCUAUCAGUAUUUAGAGCAAUGUAGCAUGUUACCCUCGA